AUGGAACAGCCUCGCAUUGACGCCGUAGAGAUGCAGAAUCUCUUGAAAUCGUUGCCAGGCUUAUUCCAAAAGGUUCAGGCAGGCAUGUUUCCCAUCCCGGAAUCAAAUCAACAGCAGCUGCCCCAUCCACCACAUCAAGUAUCGAUCCCUCACACGACGGCUCCAGGAGUACCUGACAUUAGCGAUCCUGGCCCAUCGUCUCACCCCAGUGGCCCACCUGACUUGGGUCAACUCUCGGCGGCCGCGGUCGCCGCCCAAGGCCCUCAAUUACCCCCGUCCCCACCACCAGGAAUUUCCGGCGUUCAAAACGAAGGGGACCAAGAUGACAAGGCAAAAUCUAAUGCUUCGAUGAUGAUGACGAGUGGUCGUACUCGGGGAGGUAGAAAUCCUACAAUGGGGACGGACGAAUGGGCACGCCAGAGAAAAGAUAACCAUAAAGAAGUUGAGCGAAGACGAAGAGGCAAUAUCAACGAAGGUAUCAAUGAACUUGGCCGCAUCGUCCCCAACAGCUCGGGCGAAAAGGCGAAGGGUGCGAUCCUCGCGCGCGCGGUGCAGUACAUUCACCACCUUAGGGAGAAUGAAGCGCGCAAUAUUGAAAAAUGGACACUUGAGAAGCUAUUGAUGGACCAGGCGAUGGGUGACCUUCAAGCCCAGUUGGAAGAAAUGCGGAGAAUGUGGGAAGAAGAACGCAUGGCUCGACAACGCACCGAAAGUGAAUUGGAAUUGCUCAGAGGUGUUUCGCAAGCGAACACCGCAACGGCAGGGGUUGUUCAGCAACUACGAGACCACGCGUCAGGUUCAUCGCCUGGCCCACGCUCCCGCUCACCUGAGCGUCAAGAGGAUGCAGAUCAGGUACGAAGCGAUGGAGAAUUGAGACCGGAUGGGGAAAAGAACGAAAGUAACACUGCUGAUGGUCAAUCGAUUAAGCGGCCCAGAACGGAGUAA